UCACUUGAUUGUCACUGUCCGUUUCAUCCCUGUCAAUGAAAAAUACAAAAGUACACACAUCAAUAAUAUUUUGAAAUAUACCAGUGUAAUAAAUUAUAUUCAAGCCACACAAACUGCCCAAAAAUGUCGGAUAAUGACGAUGAUUAUAUGUGCGAAGAAGAAGAAGACUAUGGUUUGGAAUAUUCAGAAGACAGUAAUUCAGAACCAGAUGUUGAUCUUGAAAACCAGUAUUACAACAGCAAAGCGCUCAAAGAGGAUGAGCCAAAAGCUGCUCUUGUCAGCUUCCAGAAGGUUCUUGAAUUGGAAGGAGGAGAUAAAGGAGAAUGGGGUUUUAAAGCUCUUAAGCAAAUGAUUAAAAUUAACUUUAAGUUGGGAAAUUUCACAGAAAUGAUGUCUCGUUACAAGCAACUCCUAACAUACAUCAAAAGUGCAGUGACACGGAAUCAUUCAGAAAAAUCAAUCAACUCUAUACUGGACUAUAUAUCUACGUCUAGAAAUAUGGAGUUACUACAAGACUUCUAUGAGACAACAUUGGAGGCGCUGAAGGAUGCAAAGAAUGACAGGCUGUGGUUCAAGACAAACACAAAGCUGGGCAAGCUGUACUAUGACCGAGGUGACUUCAACAAACUGGCCAAGAUAUUGAAACAGUUGCACCAGAGUUGUCAAACAGAUGAAGGUGAAGAUGAUCUGAAGAAGGGCACUCAGUUGCUGGAGAUAUACGCUCUGGAGAUCCAGAUGUAUACAGCACAGAAGAACAAUAAAAAGCUAAAGGCCCUCUAUGAACAGUCUCUGCAUAUCAAGUCUGCUAUACCACAUCCACUCAUCAUGGGCGUUAUUAGAGAGUGCGGAGGCAAGAUGCACCUCCGCGAGGGUGAGUUCGAGAAGGCGCACACGGACUUCUUCGAAGCCUUCAAGAAUUAUGACGAGUCAGGCAGCCCGCGCCGCACCACCUGCCUCAAGUACCUCGUGCUCGCCAACAUGCUUAUGAAAUCCGGUAUAAAUCCGUUCGACUCCCAAGAAGCGAAGCCUUACAAGAAUGAUCCAGAGAUCCUCGCUAUGACGAACCUCGUUAUGGCAUACCAGAAUAAUGACAUCAACGACUUUGAGUCCAUCCUCAAACACAACAGGAAUAAUAUAAUGGAUGAUCCGUUCAUCCGGGAGCACAUUGAAGAUUUACUGAGGAACAUCCGCACACAAGUACUCAUCAAACUGAUCGGACCAUACACCAGGAUACAUAUACCUUUUAUUUCAAAGGAGCUGAAUAUUGACGAGAAGGAGGUCGAGAAUUUACUAGUUACGUGUAUUUUGGACAACACGAUCAGCGGCCGCAUCGACCAGGUGAACGCGGUGCUGGAGCUGGCGAGCGGCGCGCAGGGCGCAGCGCGCUACUCCGCGCUCGACAAGUGGACCGCGCAGCUCGCCUCGCUGCACCACGCGCUCGCCAACAAGAUGGCCUGAGACCUCGCGAACCUCCCCCACACAGCUCUCCCCCACCCCUCCCACUCGCGCUAGCAGUCACAUACACCAUACAUACUCAAAGUAACACCAACUUAACCCUUAAAUGCAUAACUUUAUCUUUUUAAAUACCCUAAAUUGAAACGAGUAGUAAAUUGGACAAAGAUCAAGGAAAAAAUAAAGAUUUUUUUUUAUAUUAAAUAAUCUAUUGGGUGUGGAAGAGAAGACUGAUGUAUAAAUGCAUCAUCUUGCAUUUAAGGGUUCAUGAUAUAAUGUAGCUCUAUACAACAGAUGUAUACUAAAAAAAAACAUUUUAGUGAUUACCAGUUUUCAGUGGGAAAGAUUCCAGUCAGUGACAUAUUAGGGCGAAAUUGGGCCGCUCAGAGCGCCAAAGGUCUGAGAAUUACUCUCAUAUAACACUUAAACCUUCCCCCUAGUAGUAGUAAGGGGGCUAUGGUCUCCGCAACUUUAGCUAGCGAGAAUUUUACCUCCUCCUCUAAAAAUAGCACCAUAAUCUUCCCCAGGACGCUAUUAGAUCUAACCGGCAUUAUCCAAAUGCAAACUUUGAGUUGUGUAAUGUAAGAUGGCUGUUUCCCGUUAGAACGGUGUACUGGGAAAAAAAUCUCAUUGGGCCAAAUGUAUCAAUCAUCCUGCGAGACUGUCUUUAAUAUAGUAGGACCUCGAUAACUGAAAAAGCCCUAUAACUUCAAAAAAUAUUAUGUUCCCUUCCCAUCAGAGCUCAAAACCUCUACAACAUAGACCCUUGAUAACUUAAAACCUCUAUAACUUAAAAUAUUUUGUGUUUCCCUUGCACUUUAACUUAUUGAGGUUCUACUCUAUAUACAACUACAAAUAGGUUACAUAAAUAGCUCCCAAUAGUGAUGAACUUGUGCUGAUGUAGAUAUCUUAUAUAAAAUUCGUAUUAAUGGCAGACACAAACUGCUUUUAAACAAUCAAUACUGAAUAUUAAUGCUCUCAUUCCGCAGAAUUAUUGUAUAAACACAUUUCAUCUUUUAUAAAUUUAUUUCUAUUAUGUUUUACUAGUAAACAUACUGUAGGAUUAUUAAAUAACUGAAUGAUUUUUGUAAUAAUUAGUGUAGUAUCACAAAAAAUAUAUUUAUGGUUGGUAAUAAAUAUAGAAACAACACGCAAAGAAAUACAUGAAGUACUAGAAAGUGCUCAACAAAAUGUAUCAAUUUGUAAAUAAAUCGAAUGUUUAUAAAAAACGAAAUAAUCUUUUCGCAAUUGUGAAUUACAACGGUCGUGACACUUGUAUUGUUAUCUCUGUCUUAUUCAAUAAGAGUGAAGUAGAUGGAAAUAUGUAUACCAGUGUCAUCAGUGUUGCCAACUGUAAAAAAUACUCAUAAAAUUACAAUAAUCGAAGUAAAUUGUGAGCAUUUUCUGCAAUACCUUAGAUAUUAUCUUAAAGCUUUUCUUAAUCUAUUGACCGCAUAGUACGAUGGCUACAGUCGUAUUUAUCCAUUAACAUUUUUAAAUCUUAAAAAAAUAUCCAGUGCUGAAUAAAAUAUGUACUAUGGGUAA